GGCCGCUAGGCGCGCGGCGUCAUCCGGGGUCCGGGGCCGUCAUGAGGACCGCCGCGGGGCGACGUCUGCAGCCCGCGUCGGCGCUGGGGACAAAGAAACCAUGCAGUGACACCUGCUGAGACUUGUUGGUAGCCAUGUCGGAGCCCCACAGGGUCCAGUUCACCUCUCUCCCCGGUUCUCUGAAUCCCGCAUUUUUGAAGAAGUCCAGGAAAGAGGAGGUUGGGGGAGCAGAGCAGCAUCAGGACUGUGAGCCAGCUGCAGCUGCUGUUCGGAUUACACUAACCCUCUUUGAACCAGAUCACAAACGCUGUCCUGAGUUCUUCUACCCAGAGCUGGUGAAGAAUAUACGAGGGAAAGUGAAAGGCCUUCCAACUGGAGACAAGAAAAAAGAUGUCUUGGAUCCUUUCAAUGAUGAAGAAAAGGAAAGGCAUAAAGUGGAGGCCCUUGCACGGAAAUUUGAAGAAAAAUAUGGUGGAAAGAAACGUAGAAAAGACCGAAUACAGGAUUUGAUUGAUAUGGGGUAUGGUUAUGAUGAAUCAGAUUCUUUCAUCGAUAACUCUGAGGCGUAUGAUGAACUUGUUCCUGCAUCUCUGACCACAAAGUAUGGAGGAUUUUACAUCAAUUCGGGAACCCUGCAGUUUAGACAAGCAUCAGAAUCUGAGGAUGACUUCAUUAAAGAAAAGAAGAAAAAAUCCCCAAAGAAGCGGAAAUUGAAGGAAGGUGGUGAGAAGAUAAAGAAGAAGAAAAAAGAUGACACUUAUGACAAGGAGAAGAAAUCAAAAAAGUCCAAGUUUUCCAAAGCUGGUUUCACUGCCCUCAACGCAAGUAAGGAAAAGAAGAAGAAGAAGUAUUCUGGAGCAUUAAGUGUUAAAGAGAUGCUAAAGAAAUUUCAGAAGGAGAAGGAGGCUCAGAAAAAGAGGGAGGAGGAGCAUAAGCCUGUAACUAUGUCCUCGACAGAGGCUCAGGGCCUGAGGGAAUUGGAGGGUGCCUCUGACCCCUUGCUCUCACUCUUUGGCUCCACUUCUGACAAUGACUUGCUCCAGGCUGCCACUGCCAUGGACUCAUUGACGGAUUUGGACUUGGAGCAUUUGCUCAGUGAGUCUCCAGAAGGAAGCCCCUUCCAAGACAUGGAUGAUGAAAGUGAUUCCCUUGGGGUGGGAUUGGACCAGGAAUUCAGGCAGCCCUCCUCCCUCCCUGAAGGCCUGCCAACACCCCUGGAGAAGCGCGUUAAGGAGCUGGCUCAGGCUGCCCGAGCUGCUGAGGGAGAGAGCAAGCAGAAGUUCUUCACUCAGGAUAUUAAUGGCAUCCUGCUAGACAUAGAGGUGAAGACUCGGGAGAUGAGUAGCCAAAUUCGUUCUGGGGUGUAUGCUUAUCUGGCCUCAUUCCUGCCCUGCAGCAAGGAUGCACUGGUCAAACGUGCUCGAAAACUGCACCUCUAUGAACAGGGUGGGCGUCUCAAGGAGCCUCUCCAGAAGCUCAAGGAAGCCAUUGGCAGGGCGAUGCCUGAGCAAGUGGCCAAGUAUCAGGAUGAAUGCCAGGCACACACACAAGCAAAGGUUGCUAAGAUGUUGGAAGAGGAGAAGGACAAGGAACAGAGAGAAAGGAUUUGUUCUGAUGAGGAAGAAGAUGAAGAAAAGGGGGGACGGAGGAUAAUGGGACCCCGGAAGAAGUUCCAGUGGAAUGAUGAGAUCAGAGAGCUGCUGUGCCAGGUGGUGAAGAUCAAACUGGAGAACCAUGAUCUGGAGAAGAACAAGGCCCAGGCCUGGGAGGAUUGCGUGAAGGCCUUUCUGGAUGCUGAGGUCAAGCCUCUCUGGCCCAAAGGCUGGAUGCAGGCCAGGACUUUGUUUAAGGAGAGCCGGCGAGGUCACGGACAUCUGACAUCAAUCCUGGCAAAGAAGAAAGUCAUAGCCCCUUCUAAAGUCAAGGUGAAGGAAUCAUCUACCAAGCCUGAUAAAAAGGUUUCCAUGCCAUCAGGACAAAUCAGUAGCCCCACUGCUUUGCUCUCAGAACACCAGGGAGGAAGCCUAAGCAUUGGGGCCACCAGCAGAGAGCUCCCAUCCCAGGCACCUGGUAGCCUUGCUGACUCUGAUCCUGUCACCCUAGAGGACUCAUUGGAUGAAGACUUGGUUCGUAAUCCAGCCUCCUCUGUAGAAGCUGUGUCUAAGGAGCUGGCUGUAUUGAACAGCAAAGCCAGCAGCUCAGAAUUCACACUGCCUGCACCCUCCAAAGCACCGGCAGAAAAGGUUCCUGGUGUUUUGUGUACAGAAGAGAAACGGAACUUUGCAAAACCUAGUCCUUCUGCCCCACCACCCACUAACACUCUGCAGUCACCUCUCAAUUUUCUGGCUGAACAGGCUCUAGCACUUGGGCAGUCAUCUCAGGAGAAAAAAACAGAGAGUUCUGGCUACAAAGACCUGUCCUGCCAGGCUUCCCUCAGCAAGGGCCUGCCUGAAGGCCACCAGUCCAAAGCAAAGCAUCAUAGUUUGCCACGGACGUCUCAUGGUCCCCAGGCAGCCGUUCCUGUGCCCAACCCCCAAGUCAAAGUCUUUCAUGCAGGAACUCAGCAGCAGAAAAGCUUCACCCCUCCAGCGUCAUUUGUCAAUAAGCUCCAAGGCCCAAAGGCCUCCUCUCCACAGUGUCAUCGUUCACUCCUGCAGCUGGUAAAGACGGCAUCCAAAGGCCAGGGCUUCCAUGCCUCCACAUCAGCCUCAGGAGGCUCACCGGCUUCUAGCAGCAAGACCCCAGUCUCCUCGUCCACUGCCCUGAGCCACCCAGCAAAGCAGCAUCCAGCAAGCUCGGCAGGGCCAUCUUACAAGAGUAAUCCCUUCGCUGGCUCAGUCUCCAAGCAUGGGGUUUCUUCUGGCAGCUCAUCCUCUGUAGGAGCACCAGUGCAGAGCUCUGUUUCUGGGACCCUGCUCUCUGGUGUACAGCCUCCUCCCACGGGACAGUCCACCAGCCGAACUGUCCCAAGCUCAGCAGUAAAAAAACCACCUGUUUCCCAGAAGCUGACCCUGGUGGCCCCACCUGGUGGUCCAAAUGGAGAUUCUGGUGGUGGGACCCAGGGAGUAGCAAAGUUAUUGACCUCUUCCCUGAAGCCCUCCGCAGUUAGUAGUGUGACAUCAUCUACCUCCUUGCCAAAAGGAACCGGUGGGGCAGUGUUGCUGGCCAGCUCCUCUCCCUUAAACCUGCUGUCUUCCUCCUACAAGUCCAGCGGCCCCAAACUUUCAGGGGCCAUGAACUCAAACUCACUGGGGAUCAUAGCCCCUGUCCCAUUUCCACUUCAUGUGCUCUCCUUCAGUGCAGACUCCUCUGCCAAAGCGGGGGUCUCCAAGGAUGCCAUCGUCACAGGCCCCGCCCCUGGGACCUUCCACCAUGGCCUCAGCCCCAGUCUUCUGGCUGGUUUGCACCCCAGCCCACCCCAUGCAGCGCCUCUCCCACACGCUGCCGUGUCCACCCAUGUUCCACAAAGUCUGCCAGAUGCUUCCCAGCUUCAUGGAAAAGGACCUACUGUACCCAGGAAAUUGUGACUGCUUCAGAGACGGGCUUGAAUAACUUGGGUCUGGGGGAAGCCCAACAUGUAGGUCUCUGAGAAUGGACAAUGGCUGUGCUCUUCCUGCCUACUGCUUUUCUUCUGGAGCAGGUGUGAGGUUAAAGUGGAGCACUUCUUAGCACUUCUGAUGUGCCUCCAACUGAGGAGUGGCUCAUGCACUGAUGAAGCACUUACUGACCUGGUGCUCUGGGCCUCGUGGCUUUGUCACUGGACAGCAUCCAAGGGGCAGCUCUGGGCUGGGGCACAUGCUGGGCCAUGUUGGGAAGUGCAGUGUGUAUGUGCUCCCAUGGCAGAUCAGUUGGCACAACUGUGUUCUAGAUCUGCGUGACUCCUGGCAUUUGGUCUGAGUAUCUCACAGCGCCCCAGUGGUCAGGGGCUUCUUCUGGCCACAGUAGGAUCCUGGAUGGUGGUGGUGCUGUCCCAUCUCCAGGCUGUGUGCUCAAGAGGACUAGAACCAGGCCAGAGCCUUGGGUAGGAGACCUACCUUGUCUCCUUACAAAAUAAGAACAGCUAGUGUGUGCUCAUUAUAGGGCCAGUUUCUCCUCUGAACAUGAUAAUGAAACUCUUAUAGAGAAAAGAACUUUGUAGAUUCAACAAUCAUGGUAGGAUUUUUAAAGACACCUAUCUUGGGCUGUUUUCUUCAUUACCAUUAAAUGCAUUGGAUAGAAUGGGACUGCUCUUCACACAUCACAUUAUAGGAAGACAUAAUUCCAGUGCCUUUAUGGUGGAGCAGACUUGGACAACACUCGUCUAUUCAUUCAGCUCCCUGAGUGGAUCUGAGAUGAAGAUUUUUUAAAAAUAGUCUGUAUUUAAGACAGUUUUAUUUAAUUGAGUUUUUUAUGGCUGCACUUCAUAACCUGUGCCGUCCUGACUUGAAAGUCAUCAUCCGGGUCCCCAAUCCCAGGCCCUGGUGGAGCCAGGGCUCCGCUUUGUUUUUCUAGAGUUGGUGGACUAGGUGGACUGCAGGGGAGCCCCCAGGAGUUCUGAGUCACAGGUAGACAUUCCAGUUUGUCUUACUAGAGAUCCUUCAGCAGAGCUGCAGGGCAGGCCUCUGAAGCGUCUGCCACAGAGAGCAGGUUUGGAGUGCUGGUGCUCUCCAGACACUGGCUUGUGUGUGGGCUGGGGGAAUGUGCAGAGGGGCUGGAGAAUGGAUGGGAAAUAGGCAAGGGCAGUGACUGCAGAGCUUCUGUCACCAGGCUGACUACACUCACCAGUGGCUGUUUCACAUGGACUCAGAAGGCUCUUGCCUGUCCUGUGAAUCUGUUACGUAGUGGGUCACCAGGUGACAUGGGGAAAAUAAUCAGUACCCUUAGGAUGCACUCCUGGGUGUGACACAGGUGUGCUUUUGGUUCUUGCCUCCCAGGGGCAAGUAGCUUAGUAGCUCCCAGUUCUAUGGAGGUGGCUGCCUUCCCUCUUUGCUGGGAGCAAGACCUUUAUCAGCUCCUUAGCCCAGCCUCUGCUUUCCUUUUGUAUUGAAAACCAGUUGGUUUCACAUUGGGCCAUGUGGAGUCCUUAUCCCUUUAUUACAUAUAUUUUUUGCAACUUGGAUUUCCAGUUUGUUUACAGAAUAGUCUUAGGUAGUAGCAAAAGAGCCAAAGAAGAGAUUUGUAUAGCUGAGCUACAAGCCUAGCUGAGGCCGCCAGCAAAAGCUGAGCAGUGGGAAUUCUCUAGGCUCCUCUGCCCGUUAACACCGGGCCCCAGCCCCCCUUCCCCUUCGGUGCUCCCUCCUCCCCACAUGCCACUGCGUGUGUAGCUGGAGCAGGAUGCCCUCAUCUUUAGGAAUCUAGCAAUGCCUCUUGCCUCAGGGAAAUGUUUCUUUGAUGGGGAGUUUGAGAUUUCUUUUCCUUGUUUAUGCUUUAUUUGUGGUAAUGAGAGUGAAUGACUGAAACAGCCAUGGCAAGGGAGAUCUACUGCCCGGCUGCAGAGAAGGUGGGGUGGAGUGUGCUCAGGGGGCUGCAGGGUUUCCUUGGCAGGCAAAUGUCUCUGAGCACUUACCCGGCGUGGCCAUUUCAGGUGUGAGAGGGGCUGUGGCUUUUGUGCAGCGACUAUGUUGGUGUUAGGGGGUGGUGUGGAAAUUGUUAAUCUUGUAUAAAGCAACUCAAUAAAUUGUUUCGAGGUUUCCAGAA